AUGUCUCCUGACAGAUUUGAAUAUCUUUUGUCCUUAAUCGGACCUCCAAUAAUAAAAAAAAAUUGUCCCCGUGGAAAGUCUAUAUACCCAUCGCAGCAAUUAAUAACUACACUUGAAGAAACCUGUUUUGCUAUAUGUAAAGUUCUAAAAAAAAUAUUUCAAAGAGCCUCUAACGACAUACAAGAGUGGCAAAAUAUUAUUAAAAAAUUUAAUCAGAAUUGGAACUUUCCAAAAUUUAUAGGAGCUAUUGAUGGAAAGCACGUACGCAUUGAAACUCCUGCAAAAUCUGGUUCUUCUUUUUACAAUUAUAAAGGGUUUUACAGUAUGAUUUUAUUAGCCAUCUGUGGUGCUAAAUAUUGUUUUACAGUGGUUGAUAUAGGGGGUUAUAGAAGGGAUAAUGAUACUUCUAUUUUAAAUGCCAGCAAUUACCAGAAUUUACCAAUUUAA